UUUGAUUGCCAAGUUCUGCUUUUUUACAUAGAAAUAGCAACUAAUACAUGUAGUAACACUAGUUUUAGUGUGUACUCCAGAAGCCUGCAGCUCAUUAUCUUGGUGUAAUCCCUGAUGUUUACAGAGUUCCUAGUGUUACAGAAGUAUUACAGUAACAGAACCUCCUGAAAAAAUGAACACACUUGGUAAACAAAGUAAAACUGAUGUAUGGAAUGGAAACAUGGCACUGUGGUGGUCUGUCGUUGUUAUGUUCUUACUGAAGAUGUCAGCAGGACAACAAGUGGACCAUGUCUUGCGUCAGAGUACUACAUGUCAGAAAGACAUCCCUUCUGGAGAUUUUGGUUUCUAUUUUGAUGGUGAUGAAAUGUUCUAUGUGGACCUAGAUAGUAAGGAGGUUGUAUAUAAACUCCCAGAGUUUGAGAAGGUCUUUUCCUUUGAAGCCCAAUAUGGUCUGCAAGAGCUUGCUGUCUGUUUUUUUAACUUAGAUAUAUACAUCAAGAGGUCAAGAGGUAUAUCCGGUCCAAAAGUGCCACCAGAAGUGAAAAUAUACCCCUCACGGCCUGUGGAAGUUGGGAAACCCAGCACUCUCAUAUGUCACGCAGGUGGCUUCUUCCCAACUGUCCUUAAUGUCAGCUGGUCAAAGAAUGGAAGUCCACUGGAAGAAGGGAUCACAACAACAGAUUUCUAUCCUGAAAAGAUAUUUGCAUUUCAAAGGUUUUCAUACCUGAAUUUCAUUCCAGACGAGGGAGAUAUUUACAGCUGCACUGUUGAGCACCCAGCUCUCGACCGACCAACUACAGUAUUUUGGCAGGCUGAAAAGCCACUCCUACAUGAAAACAGGACAGUUUCACUCAGUAUCCACAGGAAACUCAAAGGGAUAUAUUUAUAUCAGACAAUUGUAGAUUGUCUCUACAUGAAUGAUGGUGAGAUAGUGUUACUUAUUCAGACAAUCAUCUACAACAAGGAACGACAACUGUUUUUUGACAGUCGAGUUGGCAAAUUCAUUGGCAUCACAGAAAAUGGAAAGAUAGAUGCAGAGUAUUUUAAUAACAACACUGAAUAUUUAGAUAAUCUCAAGGCUGCGGUUACUACAUUUUGCAGGUACAACUACAACUUAAUGAAGGAUGUCAUUGUGGACAGAAAAGGUGAUUCAAAGGGGUCUUUCACCGUGGAUAUUGACAUGAUUGAUAUUAGGGAAACAUCUGAGUCUGGCUAUGAUGGCCAACAAAGUAUUGAACAGUCUUCAGGGGAUCAUAUCUUGCGACAGAGUACAACAUGUCAGAAAGACAUCCCAUCUGGAGAUUUUGGUUUCUACUUAGAUGAUGACGAACUAUUCUAUGUUGACCUAGAUACUAAAGAAGUUGUAUACAGACUCCCAGAAAUUGAGUCGGUGUUUUCCUUUGAAGCCCAAGGUGGUCUGCAAAACCUUGCUGUUUGUAGACAUAAUCUUGAUAUAUACAUUAAAAGGACAAACAGCACAUCUGGUCCAAUAGUUCCCCCAGUAGUAAAAGUAUAUCCCAUGCAGCAUGUGAAGCCUGGAAAACCGAACACUCUCAUUUGUGCUACAGAAGACUUCUUUCCAUGUGUCCUAAACAUCAGCUGGUCAAAGAAUGGAAUCCCAGUGAAAGAAGGGAUCACAGUAACAGACUUCUAUCCUGGAAAAGAAUUUACAUUUAAAAGGUUUGCAUACCUGACUUUCAUCCCUGUUCAAGGAGAUAUAUACAGCUGCAAUGUAGAACACCCUGGUCUUGACCGGCCGACUACAGUAUUCUGGCAGCCUGACAAUCCAUCAGGAAAUGAAAAUAAAACAGUUUCAUUCAGCAACUACUACAAAUCCAGUGGUACGUAUUGA